AUGUUUGAUCCUUGCCGGGCAGCAUCUUUUGCCACCGAAGAAAGCCCUGAGGGAGUUCAUGGCAACAUUCCUUACAUCGAGCAUUUGCUCAACCCUGUCGGAAAACAUUGCACAGAUACAUAUCGCAACGCUGGCGACAUCUGGACAGAGGUUGGGGCCAUUCAGGAAGCUAGAGCUAGUCACAUAGAAGAAUGGUUUGCCAUGUUCCCUAAGUAG